AAUAGGUAUUUAGACAUUACUUCUUUCAUUUGUAAAUUUCAGACCAGAAUUCGAUUCUGUUAUGGGGUAAACUGAAAUCUAAAAUAUGGAGCCUUGUGAAUAUAAACAGGUGAAUGCUGAUGAUAUUCCUGACGAUGGCAAUGACUCUCUCAGUACUGACGAUGACAAAUCUUGGAGACCGUUUUUGCGACAGUUACUAGUAUCGAGUGGUACAUGGAACGUGUACUUCAUAUGUGGACUGUACAUGAGCGCGCCGACGGUGUACCUACCACAGCUGCGAAAGGAGACCAAUGGUACAGUCAUCACCGACGAGAUGGCGUCUUGGAUCUCUUCAGGAUGCAGUUACGGAGCUCUACCGUGGGUCUUCGUUCACUCAGCCGCUUUAACGCUGUUCGGUCGCAAAUACACAUCAGCCGUUACCUACUUAUAUAUAACCAUAAUAUCAAUUGUUUUCUACUGCAGCAACACACCAAAUCAAUUGUUAAUAUUCCAAAUAUCAUUAGGCGUUCCUUAUUCAGCUGCUUUAACUGUAUCAAUUACAAUUUUAGCAGAAUAUGCAUCACCUUCAUUUAGAGGUAUAAGCUUGUCAAUGAAAGCGGCUACGUUGUAUUGGGGUAUAUGGGUAUCUAAUGCUAUAGGAACAUUUUUUCAUUGGAAAUAUAUAUCUGUAUUUGGAUUUGUAUGUUCGCUGUAUAAUUUAACAGUAUUUCUAUGGCCCGAGUCUCCUUUAUGGUUGGUCAGUAAAGGUAGAUUUGAAGAGUGCAAAAAAUGCCAUCGAUGGUUGAAGGGCAGUGGAAGAACAGCGGAAAGGGAAUUACAGAAUUUGAUAAAAUCCUACAGCGCGGUCGAUGCGUCGAAUCAGAAGCGAAAUGGGAACGUUGUUACGUCCUUCUUUAGAACUUUAGUUUCCAAAGAUUUCUAUCGGCCGAUGUUAAUUUGUUUUCUUUCUAUAACCAUGUACAAUUUGUCCGGCAAAAUCGUAUGUAGUAUAUAUGCAAUUGAAAUAUUGAAGAAGAUAUGCGAUAGUGAAUCUACGGCUUAUAUAGCGAUGUUACUGUUGGACGGUGUCACAGUAUUUAGCAUGUAUUUCGGCUGUUAUUUAGUGAAAAUACUGAAAAGACGAACGUUAUUAUUCUGGGCGUCGGCUAUAGCUAUAGUAUUUUUGUUUAGUUUAUCAAUAUAUCUGUAUUUGAUAAAAUUAACAAUUAUAAAUGAAAACAAAAUUAUGUCUAUAUUUUUACUGAUAGGGUUCUCGUUAUCUGUAAGCUGCGGCCCGGUAAUAAUGUCUGUAUCGUUGUAUGGUGAAUUAAUACCAAUGAAAUAUAAACAAGAGUCUAUAAUAAUUAUUUCGUUAUUCUUCAUAUUCCUACAGUCCAGUCUAUUGAAAUUUGCACCGUUAAUAUUUAAAUAUUUUAAAAUGCAUGGUAUGUUUGUCUUCUUCGGUGUCUCCAUGUCUAUAUGUUGGUUGUUCUUGUACAAGUAUCUUCCCGAAACGAAAGAUAAGACGUUGCAAGAAAUCGAAGACUAUUUUAAGUAUGAGAAACGGAGGAAAUUAAUAUUGUUACGUUAG